AUGUCAGCUUGCGACUGCACGUGCCACAAUAGCGAUGUUCGUCCUCCAAAACGGGGUCAGCUUGCGCAAGCUGUUGAGCAAAGGGAGGCUGCAAGGAGAAUUGCGGAGGCAGCGAAGGCCGAGAUCAGCAGGUACUUCGCCGACCAGAAGAGAUUCGAUGUGAUAGCAAAUAAUUCUGUGAAGGAUGACUUCAAGCGGAAAGGCCGAGAGUUCAAGGAACGCGAUGCUGAGGCACAGAUGUUGGAAACAGUGUACCAGAAUGAGCGGCAAAAAACACUAAGCGCGAUUCGUGCGGAAGAGGAGGAGAAACUAGCUGUGGCCAUGGCACGGAAGCAGCAGGAGAAGGAGCGGCAGGAUAAGGAAAUUCAGAAACUCCGGGAGCAGAGCGAGGAAAUCCGUAGUCUGGCCGAGAAGGUCCGCAUUGCACGUGUCAACAAAGCGCGCGCUGACCAGCUAGUGGAGAAGAAAGUCCUGGCCGAGCAACAGCAAGAGUACGACCGGGCCAUCAACCAGUAUGUCAACCAAGCAGCUGCGGAGGCCGAGGUGAUGGAGGCGGAGAACCAGGCCAAGCGGCGGGAGGCCAACGUGCGGGCGCGCAUGAUGCUUGAGGAACAAAUGGCAGAGCGGCAGGAGGCGGCGCGACUGGCUGAGCAGGAGGCUGCCCGCGAGCGCGCCAUGAUCGACGAGGUGGUGAAGCGCAUCAUGCUGGAAGACGCUGCGGAGACAGCGGCCAAGCGGCAGCGGCAGGAUGAGACGAAGGAUUUCAUUGAGACGUUCCUGAAGCAGCAGGAUGAGUUGCGACGAAAGGAGCGCGAGGCGGCAGCCGCGGAGGACCGCAAAAUUGCCGAAUACUGGCAGGCGGUGCGCGACCGCGAGCGUGAGGAGGCGGAGCGGCAAGCGAUGCGCAAGGAGAUCGCCGACCGGAUGUACGAGAAGGUCAAGCGGGAGAUGGAGGCGGAGAUGGCGAGGCGCAUGGAGGAGGAGGAGCUCAUCAACAUGUUGCGCCGGGAGGAGGCCGAGGAGAAGAUGCGGCUGGAGGACGAGGAGCGCAAGCGGAAGGCAGAGGAGGCCCGCGCGGAGAUGGUGCGCGCCAACGCAUACCAGAUGAAGCUGAAGGAGGAGCGCGAGGCGGCUUUCCGCAAGGAAGAGGAGGAUUUCAAGCAGCGCAUGCUGGCCAAGUUUGCGGAAGACGACCGGUUGGAACAGUUGAACGCGCAAAAGCGGCGCAUGCGUCUGGCGGAGCACCAGCGCGAGGUGCAGCGGCUCAUCGAGGAGAAGCGGAAGGCGUUCGAGGAGGCCAAGGCGCGCGAGGAGGCGGAGGACGCCGCCAAGCGCGCCGAGGACGAGCGGCUACGCGGGCUGGUGGAGGAGGAGCGCAAGAAGCUGCUGCGCGAGGCGGCGGAGCUCAAGGACUUCCUGCCGCGCGGUGUCAUGCGGGAUCAGGGUGACGUGGACUUCAUUGCGCAGGCUGCUUCGCGCGUGAGGGCUACCGACGCGCACGCACUUCAGAGACGCCCUUGCCAUGAUGUUCAUAUCAUUUUCCUUUCACGCGAGUACUUGCCAUCUUUGCAAGAUUUCGCCAUUCUUGGCCGCACGGUGAUUCCCCCCAAUUCCGUCACGGGUUCAAGUGACAAAAAGGGCAGCAGCAAGCUCGGAGUACUGUACUUCGUCACCCGUGGACAGCCCACCAACUACGACAUGCUGGUGUUCCGCACCCUCAAUCGCGACAUGGGCCUCCCAAACCAUAAUGACGACCACCUGGCGGAACUCCUUCGCGAUGAGCUGAUGCCGGUGCGAAGCUGGGUGUUGAAACACCUGCCCUUCAGCAAGAUCCAGCUCAAGCGCACACUGGACAACCCGCUUUGGGGCGUCCCCGGCGCCGUCAACUUCAUCGAUGCGCGGACCAAGUGGUUUGACACCGCCGUAAGAGAAGCGCUGGCAUCAGGCAUUAAGCAGGUGGUAUUGCUAGCCGCCGGGUAUGACACUCGGGCCUAUCGACUUGGACGAGGCGGCGUCAAGUUUUUCGAAGUGGAUUUGCCGUCAGCAUCCGCAACCAAGAAGGCACUGGUGGACAAGCUGGGAUUCAUCAGAGAUCCGACCCAACGCCCCGUGUACGUGGCCGCGGACCUGUCCCGCGUACCCCUUGCGGAUGCGCUAUCCGGCACCGGGUUCAACCCCGACCGGCCGACGUUGUUCACUGUGGAGGGCCUUAUCUAUUACCUGCCAGCCGACGCAUGUGCCGCGCUGUUCCGCUCCCUGUCCGGUCUGUCAGCGCCUGGAAGUCGCAUUUUCUUUGACUUCAUGGCAGCAGCAGCCCUGGAGGGUCGAGGCAAGUUCCCUGGCUUCAAAGUUACGCGCAAGUCGGUGGCCAACAAGGGCGAGCCUUUCCUGUCGGGCAUCGAAUCUACCCGGGAGGGUGUGGCGACGUUCCUGUCGCAAUUCGGACUGCGUCUCCUGGACUUCCUGACGCCCAAGGACAUGGUGGGGCGCCACCUGCCCCACCUGCCCUGGAACGAGCGAGUGCCGCCCAUCGCAAGCUUCUACAGCUACGCCGCGGCGGAGAAGCCGCGUUAG